UGAGAGUGGCAGCUGUACUUACCAAGCGGCUACGCGCAGGGAGCCGCAGUGCCGUAGUAGCGGGCCUCGGACAAGGACUGCUUUGGAGCGGCGGAUACCGGAGCAGGCAGAAGACCCCCGGCGCUGCCUAAGCCCAGCCUGACCGCCCGAUCUCCGCGGCGCCGCCACUGGUAUCCCCUCCCCAAGAGGGCUGCGCGGGCGGGAAGACGCCCAGACGCCGACUUCGGUCUUUUUUCUGUCUCUCAGUUCCUUUUUCCUCCCAAGUAAGGGAAUAAGCCCCGAGGAAGGAGCGCUCCGAGGAACCGCGCAACCAAGUGUUGCCUGGUGAGAGGAACAGCAAGGAUUUCUGAAUCGACCUUACCUACACAAAGAAUGAUGUUGCCUGAGGAAUAGCAGAGGUCUUCUGUCAUCUGCUGAAAGGUACCUGCUGCUACCAUAGACACCUGGGGCCUCAAGAAGCCCCUUGGAGGGCUUGUCUAUCACAUCCCUGCAAUGAGCCAGGCCCUGUGCUGGAGCACAUCUUCACCCUGGUGAACGAAACUCCGCCUCUGGCCCCCAGGACACACACCCAGCUUAAAGAUGAGUGAAGAACGCUGGGUCUCCCUUACCCCAGAAGAAUUUGACCAACUCCAGAAGUAUUCAGAAUAUUCUUCCAAGAAGAUAAAGGAUGUCUUGGCUGAAUUUAAUGAGAGUGGGAGCUUCAAACAAUAUGACUCACAUGAGCCAAUUAGCUAUGAUGUCUUCAAGCUGUUCAUGAGGACAUACCUGGAGGUGGACCUUCCUCAGCCACUGAGCACAAACCUCUUCCUGGCCUUCAGCCAGAAGCCCAGACAGGAGACCCCAGACCACCCAAAGGAGGGGGCCAGCAACGGCGAGGCCAGUGCCCCAGAUUCUAAUAUACAAAACAUAGACAAUGCUGCCAAAGCAGAUGAGGCCUGUGCUCCUGACACAGAAUCAAAGACCACUGAGAAGCAAGUGCCAGCUAGAGAAAAAGUGGCCACAAUCCCCCUGGAGAACCCUGUUGCUCAAUCUUCAGGCUCAGAACCCCCCAUUGUGUACCUGAAGGAUGUUGUGUGUUACCUGUCCCUGCUGGAGACUGGGAGACCUCAGGAUAAGCUAGAGUUCAUGUUUCAUCUCUAUGAUUCGGAUGAGAAUGGUCUACUGGACCAAGCGGAGAUGGAUCGUAUUGUCAACCAGAUGCUGCACAUUGCCCAGUAUCUCGAGUGGGAUCCCACGGAGCUAAGGCCUAUUUUGAAGGAGAUGUUGCAAGGAAUGGACUACGACCGGGACGGCUUUGUGUCUCUACAGGAAUGGAUUCACGGAGGGAUGACCACCAUCCCGUUGCUGGUCCUCUUGGGCAUGGAUGACUCUGGCCCCACAGGGGACGGGAGGCAUGCUUGGACCAUGAAGCAUUUCAAGAAACCAACCUACUGCAACUUCUGCCAUGUCAUGCUGAUGGGCGUUCGGAAGCAAGGCCUGUGCUGCAUUUACUGUAAAUACACCGUCCACGAACGCUGUGUAUCCAAAAACAUUCCUGGGUGUGUCAAAACGUACUCAAAAACCAAAAGGGGCGGCGAGGUGAUGCAGCACGCGUGGGUGGAAGGGAACACCUCCGUCAAGUGUGACCGGUGCCACAAAAGUAUCAAGUGCUACCAGAGUGUCACCGCGCGGCACUGCGUGUGGUGCCGGAUGACGUUUCACCGCAAAUGUGAAUUAUCCAUGUUGUGUGACGGUGGGGAGCUCAGAGACCACAUCUUGCUGCCCACCUCGAUAUGCCCAGUCACCCGGGACAGGCAAGGUGGGAAGUCUGAUGGCAGCGUGUCAGCCAAGGGCGAACUCGCAAUGCAGUAUAAGAUCAUCCCCACCCCGGGUACCCACCCCCUGUUGGUCUUGGUGAACCCCAAGAGUGGAGGGAGACAAGGAGAAAGAAUCCUUCGGAAAUUCCACUAUCUGCUCAACCCCAAACAAGUUUUCAACCUGGACAAUGGGGGGCCUACUCCAGGGCUGAACUUUUUCCGUGAUACUCCAGAUUUCCGUGUCUUGGCCUGCGGAGGAGAUGGGACAGUUGGCUGGAUUUUGGAUUGCAUUGAUAAGGCCAACUUUGCAAAGCAUCCACCGGUGGCCGUCCUGCCUCUUGGAACAGGAAAUGACUUGGCCCGCUGUCUCCACUGGGGAGGAGGUUACGAAGGAGGCAGCCUGACAAAAAUCCUGAAGGACAUUGAGCAGAGCCCCUUGGUGAUGCUGGACCGCUGGCACCUGGAAGUCAUCCCCAGAGAGGAGGUGGAGAAUGGGGACCAGGUUCCAUACAGCAUCAUGAACAACUAUUUCUCCAUUGGCGUGGAUGCUUCCAUUGCACACAGAUUCCACGUGAUGAGAGAGAAACAUCCUGAAAAAUUCAACAGCAGGAUGAAGAACAAGCUGUGGUACUUUGAAUUUGGCACCUCGGAGACCUUUGCAGCCACCUGCAAGAAACUCCACGACCACAUAGAGUUGGAGUGUGACGGAGUUGGGGUGGACCUGAGUAACAUCUUCCUUGAAGGCAUUGCCAUUCUCAACAUUCCCAGCAUGUAUGGUGGCACCAAUCUCUGGGGAGAAACCAAGAAGAACCGGGCUGUGAUCCGGGAAAGCAGGAAGGUCGUCACUGACCCCAAGGAACUGAAAUUCUGCGUCCAAGAUCUCAGUGACCAGCUUCUUGAAGUGGUGGGGCUCGAGGGAGCCAUGGAAAUGGGGCAGAUCUACACUGGCUUGAAGAGUGCAGGCAGAAGGCUGGCCCAGUGCUCCUCUGUCACCAUCAGGACGAACAAGCUGCUGCCAAUGCAAGUGGAUGGAGAGCCCUGGAUGCAGCCGCCUUGCACGAUUAAAAUUGUUCACAAGAACCAAGUGCCCAUGAUGAUGGGGCCUCCCCAGAAGAGCAGCUUCUUUUCACUGAGGAGGAAGAGCCGUUCAAAAGACUAAACGGUGUGCCAAAUGCCAGUUAAACCAAGAAAACAAGAAACUGCCACACACGUGCGCGCGCACGCACACACACACACACACACACACACACACACACAUACACACACACACAAAUACACACACACACUCUUCUCUAACCAGUGGAAGUAAAGCCACCCUUCAGGAGGAAACCUUCACCCUGCCAUACAUUUUAUUUCAACGGUGGACACACCCCCAUAGAGCCAGUGCCAAUAGAACAUUUUGAAUGGAGUAAGGACCCACCGGGAUAUGGCUGGCUCAUGCAGCAACCUCCACAUUCCCAGAAGGCCUUGAGUGGGACUUUCUGAGACUGAAAGAGAAACCCCCCUUCCUGCCCACCAACCCUGCAAGUUUCCUUAUGGACGCUUGCAAGGAGCGGGAUGCAGGUUUCCUGCCUAUGGCGCGAUCGGAUGUGGCCAAGGAAAAGAGCUCCCAUUCCAAAGAACUUACACAAAGGUCCCUCUGUAAAGAGACAAAUGGCCUCCGACUCUCAGAGCAUAACCCUUGGCAGAGCUCGGCAAGUGCACGCUGGUUUCUGGGUUGUCCUUCGAGCGACAACUUCUCCCUGAACCUGCUGAGGAGGCAGAAAGGCUGUGGAAAGCUGUGUUUCCAUUCUUGGUCUCUGCGCUGUCAGUGGGCACUUGUUAUUUUCCCGAAGACUUCUCCUGGUGUCUGUGUGUUUGUUUAGAGACGGCUCCAAGAGCCCCCAGAGCUGCCUGCACAGCACACCUUAGAUGUGGUAUUUAUUUUCUUAUUUCUGUGAACACCUGGGAGGGAAAGCAGAGAAACUGGGGUUUAUUUUUCAAAUUGGUGUCAUAAUAUUGUGUAAAAAGGGAAGAAAAAAAAACACCCCCAGCUUCUUUCUUUUUCAAGCCAAAGAGUGUUUCCUGUUUGAGUUCCAAGCCCUGGUGGCAGACUAUUCCUGAAGGCAGAGAAGACCGGAGGAAAGGGCUGUUUGCUGAAGAGACCAGAAGACAAACCAUUAGGGGGUUCCCUCCGGCCUCUUUGCACCUAGCCCUCCCAGAAUAUGACCUGAAGGCCCUGCAGAUGGCCUUACAUGUGUGUACAUAUAUGUAGCAUAUAUAUUUAUAAAUAUAAAUAUUUAUUUACUGAUGGACUUUUCCUGCUUGGAAAAAAAAAAGCAUAUGUAAUAUAGAAACAGAAAGUGGGAAAGAAAAAGAAGGUUCCUGCUCCUCCAUUCCGCCAUUUCAUUGUCAAGACGCAUUGCCCCAUGGUAACUGAGAGAUUGAAGGGAAAUGAAAGUAGCUUCUUUACAUAGAGAGACCAAGAGUUCCUGUUCUAGAUCCUCAAAACAACCACAAAAAAAGAUAUGCUGGGCAGGAUUUACUCUCCCAUUUGUCAGAUAAGGAAACUGAGUCUCAGAAAAGUGAAGAGACUUGUCCAUGGUAUUUCGGAUAAUGCUGGUUUGGGAAUAGGUGCCAUUAAGAAGAUUUUAAUAGAAAAAAUAACCGGCACAUCUCGGAAGUAGGGUCAUUCUAGUCACUGAGAAAUGGUUCCAUUUGGCUCCAGGUUGCCAGGGAAGACUGAAUGUGUAGCAUGUGUGUGGAUGGGACAAGCCCACAUGAAGAACCUGAGACCUCAGAAUGCUCCCCAGAGAUUCUCUCUGGCCUGAACUGGUGAGAGGUCAGUCUGGGGUUGAAGGCACUGGACAGAUCAUCAUAAUAAACUCUCCACAUGCCACCUCAUCAUGGUCAUCAUAGUUUCUCAGUCUGGAAACACCCCUGACUACAGGGAUAACCUCAGUGGAGAGUCACAGGAGGACUGAGGCACCUCCUGCAAGGUACUGCCAACCAGUACACAGAGUGGUCUCGGCAGAGCCCAGUGGGCCUCACUCAGCUGGUGCUGGCAUUACCCUCCUUUCCUGAGGGCAAGUCUCUGUAGAGCUUCACAGAUAGAAACAUUCUCCUUGGCACCUUGGCUCCCUCAGGCCUCCAUCCCCUCUGAGAUUUCUCAAGAGGAAACCUGGACCCACUUGACAUCACUCCACUGAGCUUCCUUUAACCUCCUUGCACUAGGUCAAGAGCUUUGCACAAGGAAGGGAAAAUUAAGAUUGUGUGUACAUGUUGAUCCUUUCUGAAGGGAGCAAUCAUCUAGGACCAUCUAGGACAGACAUCUGUGGCCAUCCUGCUCAACCUAACCAUGCAGAACACUGGGCAAGCAGAAAGCCAGGCCACCCGAAGUAUAUCCUGAAUGAUUGGAUCCUUGGUGAUGGGACCAACAAGCUCCAGAAUGACAACAGAGCCGGAGUGGGAAAGAGCAUUCGUAUGUCUGAGCACAGAGGCACACUGAGGAGAAGCAGCAGAUCUGGGCCGCAGAAGAAUAUGAAGCUAGACUGGGGGAGGAGUAAGCUGCUGAGAUGUACAGAGAGAUCCUCCCCCUCCUGUGGGGCAUAACUGAACUGGAAGUGUGUCAACCCCCAAGAGAACGUCUGGAAAGCCUGGUUGAGAAGCGUUGGCUCUCUUAUGCAGGAUGGCAAGAGGCAGGAGACCAAACUGAAGGGAAGAGGAUCCUACAGCAAGUUGCUGACCCAGCUUACAGCACAGCUGCCCUCUUCCAUAGAAUGAGAAGAACCUUUUGCGCCUCUCUGUACCAUCAUCCUCAAAGCUCGAAAACAAGUAAGACCCCUCUAUCUUGGAAAAGUCUGGUAAAUGUUCCAUAGAGGCGGCUGAGGAAGGGAGCCAUUCCAUGCCCCGUGAUGGUUUGGAGGAUGAAACUCUGCCUGGGAAGCAAGAGCAACACGGGGAGUGGGCUACAGUCCUGUCUCUGCCACGUGGCCUUGGAUAUGUCCUUUCGCCUUCUGGGACCUCUCUUUCUCCAUUUAUCAAACAGGGGGCUCUAAAGACCUUCCUGCUUUAACGAUCUUGCUUUCACCUGGGGUAAAUGCUGCGGCCAUUGGAGAGAGGGCAGGGUCCUCAUUCUGGUGGGUCUUGCCCCAGCCCUGUAACCCAGGAAGGCUACUGCCAGCCCCUCAGCAGAAAAUCUACCUUCCUUCCCUCUUAAGGGUUGAUCAUGCUCAGAAAGCAGCUGAUUUGGGGGGGGGGCAACAGGAAAAAAAGACACUACAAGGAAACUCUUUGAUAAGCCCUCCACCUAUACACACACUCACACACAUGCAUAUACGGACAUACACGCUCCAUCCCUGAAGUGUAAGCAUUUUCUCUUCUGUGUAUCAAACCUAUUUUACCCUUUCUAAUUGCCAGUGUGUUAGGAGAGAAUUUGAUCCCUCUAGUGGAAAAGCACUGCUUCCGCUUAGGGAACUUAACCUAACCUCGGUUUUGGGGGGUGACCCUGAGCAUAAGGCGAAGCUACAGGUCCUAGCACACCUCAACUGCGGCCCAUAAAUGCAGGCUCCACCAGCCGAGACUGAGGCAGUAACUAGUUAGCACAGUGCCAGGGUCCAGACCCUUCCCUCCCUGCUCGCCCACCUCCACCCAUAGAUCCGUUGUUCUGUAACGGUGGUUGCCUGCUCGAGCCUGCCUGUCUGCCUGCAUAGAGUGCCGUGGACUUGUUCUGUAAUGUAUUGUGUAUAUGUAUGUCCUGACUGUGGUUUACUGCAAAUAAAAAUGACAGCAGA